AUGUAUUGUCACUUUUCAAACGAUAAUACUAUUUUUCUAGUCCAUGUUGGUGCUUCAGCAUCUAGUACUAAUGUUAUGAUCGAUGAUCGAAUUGAAGGAACACAAAAUAAAUUUCAUCGGUAUGCACGUUUAGGUACUACUGGUAAAUAUUAUUGUGGUGGUGAAUUAGAUGGUUCUCAAUGUCAGUGUUGCAAUGAUCGAUGUGGACCAUCAAAUGGUUGUAAUUUGUUCAGGAUGUAUGUUGCUUGAUGUUCAAAAACGUCAAUUACCACAUGGAUGGCUAGUUAAUCGUGAGGGAGCAUCUGCCAGACGUAGUCGAGUAGAUCCGACAAAAUUUUAUUGUGGUCGAAUAAUAAUGACACGCGAAAAACAAAUUCAUGGAUAUUGUGGACCUACUAAUGGAGAACAGUGUAUCGCAUGUCAAAAACUGAGUGAACAGCAAUCUAGAAGAUAUGGAGAGAUUUAAAUACAUCAAUUGCUUUGAAAGACAACAAAAUUUUUAAUUCAAUUUAUUAAUUUAGAAACAACAAGAAAACUUUUUCACGAAAUACUUGUCUUGAAAGUUUUACGAAGUAAUGUAUGAAAAUUAUGAUGUAGUUUCUGAAAGAUAGCCUAAGAUCUGGUCUUUUAUAAACGGAAUUAUUUUUUUAUUUAGUACGUCGAUUUUUUCAACAAUGCCCCUCAUUUUCUACUUGGACAGUAUAUUGUUUUUUAGAAAAAUCGAAAAAUAUACUUCACUUUUUCUCUGUUUAGGAUAGAUCUACAAAAUCGAAAGUUGCCCGAUCUAACUUUCUUGAGAUCCCAUAAUGUUUUAGCGCUUUUAGUCCAUAUAAUCUGUUUGGAUCUUUUAUUACUAACAUUCAGUGACAACGUCAAGCAUCACUUUACAUUCAUUAUCAUUAUCUCGAAAGUCACCUUCAUUCUCAGCCACACACAAAUUAAAAAGACAAGAAGGACUAAACAAACUAAUAGGACUAAAGUUGCUAAAGGGGCUUAGGAAAGCAUAGAAAGUACGGGGUCUCAAGAAAGUUAAACUGAAAACUUUUGAUUUCUUGUAGACCGAUGCUUUCUAGGUAUUUUCGAUCAUGCGUGUCAGAAUCCUUGAAGAAGCUUCAUAAUUGCCAAUACCGUAUUUUUUCGUUUGAAAGAUCAUGUCGGGAUGCUGGUCAUGAUAGAGUUCCUAUUUUUGUAAUUGAGUUUAGCUACUAUUACAUAGAAGAGUACUUUUAGAGCGCCAUUAUUUUUGAGUUUUCUUAGACAUAAACUGACCGCUGAAACAAAAAGAACCAAGUGUAUACAACGAAAGCUCACAGAGAAUUUUAAGUUGCCAAAUGAGCUAGUUCUGGUCCUGGUUUGUUGAAUACUACACGAAAACAUCAUGAUACAGGGCUAAACAUUUCAGCCUAAUCCCUUCCUUACAGCUCCAACAGGUGACAAGCAUUUCAUGGAAUUUAAAUAUAGCUGGUCCAAGAUCGAUUUUUUUUGAGUGGUGGAUGAGUUUUAAAUAAUUGCAAUAUGAAUAUGAGUAAUGUGUUCCGUUCGUUAUUGAAAAUGUAAUCAAUUAUGCUUAAUCUAUUUGUUAAGAUGUUCAAAAAAAAGAAGUUCAUUUACAAUAUAAAGCAAAAAACUUGAGGGAGUAGACAGAUUAUAAUGGUUAUCAAACAUUAGUCAUUUGAUCUUUAUUUAUCACUUGAUGCUUCUUUAUCGUAUGUAACAAUUACAUUCGAAUCAUCAUCAAGUUGAUGAAGACAUGUUUCAUAUUGAUAUUUUUGUUGAUUGGUCAACAAAAUGUUUAUCAAUAGUUUUAAUCGAUUUUGGUUGUAAUAUUAUUGAUGAAUAUUUUAGUGAAAUAAAAUCAAAUAAAAUUAUAGAGUUUAGUUACCAAAAACCGAUAUUAUUAAUGUAUUGAUCUCAAAAAUAUUUAUUUUGAUGUGUUAUAAAGACAAGUAAAUAAAACGUGUCCAUCUCAAAUUUAACAGUAGACUGAGAUAGAUAUGAUAUCAUGUGUAAAUUAUUGAAGACUUGAUAAAACUGAUUCUGAUCGUUGAUGACAGAAGUCUUCGGGUAACAUUGUAGGAAGUAGUAAAAAUUCAGCUAAACAGGACGUCUGAAUGAUGUGUACUAAAAAAUAACCGUUAAAAAUUUUUUUUGUUUGAUAUAAGAUGAAGAAUUUUAGCUGUAGGAAACCAUUAUUAACUGAAACGAAUUGUAAUCGUUUUAUAUUAUGUAUUAAUCUAACAUCAUUUAUACGUCGAUAAGUCUUAUUUAUUAGAAAGCUGUUAGCGUAAUCCUGUUGAAGUAAAAUGUAAAACAAGAUGAAGUCGUUGUUGUAAAUCAGUGGAAUACUGUUUUAUUCUAUCUAUUUUUGAACACAUUCC